CUUUUUUCAUGUGGACACUUCUUUGUUGUAUUAAUUAUUUUUUAAUUUAUUAAUAUUAUUUAAUCGCACAGUGAAAAUAUUACUUAGUUGAAAACAAUGAAAUGAAAUGUUAUUAAAGAAUAAAUAUAACAAUUGGACCUGGAAGACUGCUUAUCUGAUUUUUGUAUUCAGUGCAGUUCGUGUUUAUUGUUCAAAAAGUCAAAACACCACUCUUGCAGUUGGAAUUAUCCGGAAUUUAACUGUUUCAAUUUUUCAAGAUAAUGUAGUGAAAAAUAAAAUUGGAGGAUUGAAAUUUAAUAUUUCUUGGCUACCACCUGCAAAUGGCAUGCCACCUUCUUCAUACAGUAUAUUAGUCUCAUCGAUUUUUAAUGAAGAGGCCGAAAAUAAAACAUCCUGUCAGAAAGCAUCUCUUUAUCACACAACACGAGAUGGAAACGAAUUUCAAGUUCUACUUCCCAAAAGCAAACUUUUGCCUGAAGCUUCUGAACUCAAUAUACAAUUGAAUUGUACUUACAAAAUUAUAGUUUGUGCUAAUCCUAGAACAAAUUCUGCAUUGCAAACAUCUACGAAAAUAUAUACCGUACCAGAGUGCGUUGGUCAAACAUGCAUUUGCAAAAAUUCACAAAAAUUCCUUCCUGUACCCAAAAUUGAAACUGAGUUUUUAUCAAAUGGGGACAUUUUAAUAAAGUGGAGAUCCAAUUCCAGUGAUUAUGGAAUUCAUGCUCACAGAAUCAGUAUCAGCUCACCGCUUCUGGUAUCAAAAAAUGGUCUGCCUGUUUACAACAAAACGAAAAUAAUAACUCUACCAUUCGAAAAUUCUUCAUUCUUGUGGAAAAAGGAAGCAAAUUUAAAUUAUCAAAAUUCAAUCAAGGGAUCAGUAAUAAUAUUGAUAAAUGCAGAAGACAUUCGAGGUUGUCAGGGAAAUGAAGGAUAUUUGGAAAUAGAAUUUCCUAACAAAGACUCGAUCCAGAGAGGAAAUAUAACUGUGCUCGUUGGAUUAAUUGUUACCUGCAUUCUUCUUAUUAUUACUUUGGGUUUUCUUUGCCUUCGAUCUCGAAAAGCAUAUAAUGCUAUUUUAUUUGAUAAUAAAAUACCUCGAAGCAGGAGGAUCGAGCUGGUCUUACGGAAUCGUAAUAUUUUGUAUGUAGAACAAGAAACUGAGGAUGCUAAUGAGAAUGUUGAUCAUGAAAAAUACGAAAUGAGUUAUAAUCAUGUAAAAAUAAAGGAGGAAUUGGGCACAGGACAAUUUGGAAGAGUGUAUCUUGCAACUCUAGAAGGAAGAGAAACUCUUAUAGCCGUAAAAAUGUAUUUUGCUGAUCAAACUGAUAAAAGUGAAGCUAGAAAAAAAUUAUUAGAGGAAAUAGAGACGAUAAAAUCAGCUGGAUCACAUCCUCAUCUAGUUGGUCUCGUUGGUCAUUGCACCUCUCUAAAAAAUCCCCUCUGUUUAAUUCUUGAAUAUGCUGAAGGAGGAGAUCUGCUCUCUUAUUUACAAUCUUUAAGGGAAAAUUCAAAUAUAUUAGAAGUUAAAAGUUCCAUUUCAUCCAAUCCAAGGCCCAACAUUACUGACAAAACCCUCACUUCUGGAAAUCAAACACAUCCAUUUUUCUUAAAAGAAAAUAAUUGGAAUGCAUUUAGUUACAUUGGUACAUACACGAACGUUGGAAGUAAUAAAAAACCGAAAGGUGAAAGCAAGACUAUAAAUAAAAAUUUAGAUAGAAGUCAGUUUUUGUGUUUUGCUUUUCAAAUUGCCCUGGGGAUGGAACAUUUGGAAAGAAAGAAGAUUAUUCAUGGAGAUCUUGCAGCACGGAACAUCUUGAUUGAUUCUAAUCGUAAUUUGAAGAUAUCAGACUUUGGACUUUCCCGAAAUAGUGUAUACGUUAUGGGAAAUGGAAUAGAAGGAAUUCGUCGACUUCCUAUUAGAUGGAUGCCACCGGAAGCUCUUGAGAAUAGAGCUUUUUCAUCAAAAAGUGAUGUCUGGUCUUUUUCUAUUGUUUUGUGGGAAAUGGGAACAUUAGGGAUGUUUCCAUAUCUAAAUAUGCAGGAUGAUGAGCUUUUAAGAUAUAUACUAAGCAAUAAAGGACGUUUACCAAAACCUGAAAGAAUAGAUUCCGAUAUUUACAACAUAAUGGAUAUCUGCUGGGCUUUUAAACCAGAACAUAGACCCACUUUUUCAGAACUUGUUUCGUGGUUCAAUUGUUUGGGAGAACCUUGCUGUUUAACUGAUAAAAAUUCAGGAAGAAGCAAUCCUUGUUAUUUACACAUACCUUACUGCAAUAGGAAUUUAUGAAGCUGAUAUGAUAAUA